GACGGAUUUUCAAUCAACAACGUCCCAUUCCGUCCACCAACGGUCCCGGUUCUGCUUCAGAUCUUGAGCGGAGUGCAGAAAGCGCAAGAUUUGUUGCCACAGGGCUCGGUAUAUGGUGUUCCGCUCAAUAGGACCAUGGAGAUCAAUCUGAUGGGAGGGAUGGCUCAUCCGAUGCAUUUACACGGUCAUACCCUUGACGUUGUCAAGAGCGCGGAUAGCUAG